CAGGGUGUAUUGCUGUCAUAUAUCACAUUACCUCGUAAAAACGACACUGAAGAUUCUGGCCCAACAAAUCACAGAGAAAAAAAUAUGAGUUCUUAUUAUGUGGAUGGUCUUUUUAACAAAUAUACGGCGAGCGGUUCUUUCUUCCCAAACGCAGACCUAGGUUCAUGCACUCUUGGACCCGAUGGAGAAGGACCCGCAUCUGCUCACAACGCCGCAGCCCCUGCCUUCCCACCGUCCCUGUCCGGACUUUACAACGUCAACAAUGCAAUCUACCAGAGCCACCCGAUGUUUAGCCCUGGUUAUGGCCAGGGGCCGGACAUUCGCAGUCUGCACUGCAGCUCCUUCGACCAGAGCCGUCUGUUCGGGGACAGCUGUGCCCAGCCGGGGCCCCUCACCUCGCCAGAGGACAAACACUACCGAAUGUACCCCUGGAUGAAAACAUCAGAUCCAAACAGAAAGCGUGGACGUCAGACCUACUCCCGGUACCAGACACUGGAGCUGGAGAAAGAAUUCCACUUCAACCGGUACCUGACCCGCCGGAGGCGCGUGGAGAUAGCACAAGUGCUCUGCCUGACCGAGCGCCAAAUCAAAAUCUGGUUCCAGAACCGGAGGAUGAAAUGGAAGAAAGAUCACAAGGACGAGUCCUCGAGCUCGACCCCCGGUGCCACCAGUGAGGACGUAAACGAGGAUGAUGACAGUGAUCCGGUAACCGACGGACAGUCCAAGGCCGAGGACGCCGAGUACGGAGAUUCCCAGUCCACCGGUGUGGCGUCAGAAACCCCUGCAAGAGGAGAUGGAGACAAGGAGGCGAUUAGAAACACUCCAUAAAUGUUCAUAUUGGUCAAUAAGGAAAUGUUCUAGAUGUAGACUAUCACAGAAUCGAUACACUCUGUUCGAUCAUGCUAUUCAGAGCUUAGAAGCCUGAUUGAGGAAACGAUUUGCAGGGCUGAAAUUGAGACGCACUAAUUUAAUAUAUACAAGCUAGUGAAAACACUGGCUAUAGCUAUAAAAUGCAUAUGGCUAUAGGAAGAUGAAAGGGAACGGAUACUACCUAUUUACU